AAUUCCUCAGUAUGUCGCGCUGUCUCUCCGCGUUCGCGUUUUCUGAAUUUCGACCACUUGUUUUUUGCCCUUCUAAUUUAAUUAUACGUAUACAAGUCACGUUAUAGAAUUUUUUUUUUUUCAAUUUUGUGCAUUGUCGUUGAAAAAUUUUUUGAAAAGUAUCUUUGACAGAAAAAAAAUUUUUCCUUUGUUAUAACAAAAAAAAGAGAUAGUGAUUUUAUUCAGUAUUUUGGAUCUCAUUUGAGGGACAAAGUUAUUAGUAGCUACCUAUACAUAUAAAAAAAGUAUACAUAAUACAAGAAAGGAAUUAAAAAAAAAAAAAAACAAGUUUCAACAAGAUGAGAGAUAGAUUGAUAAGGACGAUGAUGUUGUCGUUGUCCUUGACAAUAAUAAUUUGUCUAAUUAAUCUCACAUUAGCGAUAGACAAUCUAAAAGUAAAAUAUCAAUGGAAACAAAUGGACUAUGACUGGCCAAAUAAUGAGACAAAACAAAUGUUUCCAUUUUAUCGUCAGGAAGAUAAUUUACCCUUGGGAUUAGAGGUCGCUGGAAAUAGAUUGUUUGUAACGGUCCCGAGAUGGAAACCAGGCGUGGCUGCAAGUUUAAACUACAUUAUGCUUAACGAUACACGAGAAUCGCCACCAUUAAUUCCUUAUCCAUCGUGGGAGGCACAUCAAUAUAAGGCUGGUGAGAAAAUACCCGAUAUUGUAUCAACAUUUCGUAUUCGUGCUGAUCGUUGUAAUCGUUUAUGGGUCCUUGACACUGGUCUAAGUAAUAUUGCCGAUACACCGGAAAUGCAAAAACCACCGACACUAAUUAUUUAUGAUUUGUCGAAUGAUCGUAUUUUACGUAACUACACAAUACCCGAAAAUCAAAGAACUGGUGAUUCUUUAUUUGCAAAUAUUGCCGUUGAAGAUGAAUCAUGUACCGAUAGUUAUGGUUAUCUUGCUGAUCUUGGUGGUCCUGGUAUUAUUGUUUAUUCAUGGCGACAUCAUCAAUCGUCAUUGGUGAAAAAUAAAUAUUUCCAACCAGAACCUGAGAGUAGUAAAUUUAAUGUUUCUGGAAUUGUCUUUCAUUGGAAUGAUGGGAUAUUUGGUAUGGCAUUGGAGCCAACUGGUGAUGGUUACAGUACCUUAUAUUUCCAUCCACUUUGCAGCACGAAGGAAUAUUCAGUUAGCACAAAACUACUCAGGGACGAACAACUUGCUAAUAGACUUGAAUCUGAAAAUCAGUUUAAAGAAUUGGGAACACGAGGAAACAAUGGCCAAAGCAGUGUCAGCUUUUUAGAACCAAAAUCUGGAAUUCUCAUUUAUGCUUUAGUGAAUCUCAAUGCGAUUGCCUGUUGGAAAACGGGUACCACUUACGAUAUUCAAAAUCAUCGACCUAUUUAUAUGAAUAAUGUUACUAUGGUCUUUCCAAAUGAUCUUAAGAUUGAUUCGAAUGGAAAUAUUUGGGUACUAUCUGAUCGUCUACCACAAUUUAUGUAUGAUCGAUUAGAUCCAAAUGAUUAUAAUUUCCGAAUUUUAACGGGAUCAUUGAAAGAGGCUGUUCAAGGUACUGCGUGCGCUGCUGAUUUAUCUGAUCGAUCAUCAAAGACAAUUAAUAAUAAUAAUAAUAAUAAUAAUAAUAAUAAUAUUAAUAAUAACAAUAUUAACAGUCGAAAUGGAUAUGGACGAAGUGAAAAUGGAUUUAAACCAAUGUUUAACAGAAGUGAAAGAUCUAUUUGCUCUUAUGCAAUUGUCAUUUUAUUGUCAAUUUUCAUCAAAACAUUCUUUUAAGUCUCUCAGAUUUUUUUUUCUUACAAAUUUCAUUAAUUACACUCUUCAGAAAAACAUUUCCAAUUAAAAGUCUGUAAAUUUACUGCCCUUUUUUAUUGUUAAAUAUUUAAUGAAAAUUUAUUGCUCUCCUUUUUAUUAUUUUUCUUAAUU